GAGAUGGGUGGUCGCGCUGGCUACUGUUUGUCGUUUGGCGCAAAGCCGACUCCGCAUGCCUGCAGUCGUGGACCCCACGACUAUAGUCGUGGCUGGUACCUGAUGAAACCACUUGGAUGUGUCUUGCUGCAACAACAAACUCCUGCGCAGUCCGGACUGGCCCCUCGUGUGCAAUUUCACAAGUCCAUAGACAUCUAGAAGAUAACAUGGUCGAUGGGCAGCAGAACGGCGCUUCCGGGCUUCGGUCUCAGUUGAACGGGGCGCCAAUGGACGAGGUGGGCCCCGACGCUGUGGCACGCCCCAACGGCGGAAACCCGAUGCAGUCCGGCGAGCUGGGCAUCCUGCUGGAUGAAUCCACAGAGCUGCAAAGACCUGGACACAACGGGGUUGCCAGGGGCACGCCCGUGCCUGUGGUCGCCCACACACAGGGCAAGAGUGCAGUCGCGCAGGGCAAGGCAGGAAAAGGCGAUGAUAGCAAGGGCAACCACAACGAGCAAGGGAAGCGAAAGGAAAAGAAUAAGGAGCAAGGAGAGGGUGAGGAGGACCAGGACUUCAGCUUCAGGCGCACUGCUAUGGAGCUGUGGGUGGACAUCAAGCGGGAGAUCAAACCCCGCAAGUACGAGGUGCUAACACGUGAGCUUUCAGAACAAUCGCUGAUGAUGUUCCCCAAGGACAACGAGCUGCGUAAGGCGUGUGUCUACAUAGCCUCCCACAAGCUGUUCGAGUGGUUCAUGCUGGCUAUCAUUUUGGCCAACUGCGUCACCCUGGCGCUGGCCACCCCUGGGAAGCCGGGCUUUGAGAGCACGCGGCUGGGGAAGAACCUGCGCAUCAGCGAGUAUGUGUGGUUGGGCAUAUUCACGCUUGAGCUGCUCAUCCGCGUCAUAGCGCUGGGCUUCAUCCGCGGGAAGGGCUCCUACAUUCGAGACAAGUGGAACAUCAUAGACUUUGUGGUUGUGGGCCUGGGCUACCUGGAUCUGUCGGGCCGCGGCAACUACACACUCAUCCGCUGCGUGAGGGUGCUGCGGCCGCUGAGGUCCAUCAACAAGAUCCAGGAGAUGAAGCAACUGGUGGACACCAUGCUUAACUCCAUUCCGCUGCUGCUGGACGUGGUCAUCCUGGCCGUGUUCUACUUCGUGCUGUUCGGCGCCAUCAACAUCAACAUCUUCGCAGGCUCGCUGAAGGGCAGGUGCGGCACUUUGCCCAUGACUGCGCUCGUUGACGGCCUCGGACGCAACUUCACCGGGGAGCCCUACGGCGACCCCAGCGCCAGCCUGUCCCUGUUCACCAGCACGGGGCUGUGGGACCAAUGGCAGGUGGCCGACGACGACGCAGACACGGUGUGCCGCGGCCCGGUGCCGUCCAACCUAGGCUCGCUUUCCUGGGUGGGCAGCUGCAACGAGACCGACGGGUGGUGCACCUGGGACAGCUACACGGGCCAGCCCAAGAGCGAUGGCGGCUUCUGGUGCAGCGACCCCUCGCAGUGGUGUGUGCCGUUCCAAAACCCGGGCGACGGCUACCGUAUGUAUGACCACAUCGUGUGGGCCUGGCUGACCAUGUUCCAGAUCAUGACGUUGACGGACUGGUCGUUCAGCAUGUACGAUUGCAUGAACGCCAUCAACCCCGGCGUGUUCCCGUUGUUCUGGGCCAUGGUCAUCUUCGGCUCAUUCUUCCUGCUCAACCUUGCGCUGGCCGUGCUGUACCUUCAGUUCAGCAAGGACAAGGAGCAGAAGAGGCUGGCUGCCGCAGAGGCCCGACGCGAAGAGGAGGACAAGCGGCUUGCAGACGCACUCAAGAAGAAGGAGCUCAGGGAGCGGAAUGAGCAGAAGCGCCUGCAGGCAGACGAGCUGGCCCGGCUGAAGGCGGCACACGAUGAGCCCCUGGAUGGCCUGGACGCCGUUGAGGGCGGGCAGUGGCAGGCGCAGGAGCGCACCACCCCAGGCGGCCACAAGCUGAAGCGUACCGAGUCGUCCCAGCACCUGAAUGAAUUGGAUGACUUUCCGCCCUCUAAGGAGCUGGGGGGCCAAAAGCACCCCCACCUGGUGGCGCUGGGCCCAGACAGCGAGACGCUCCGGCGCAAGUACGAGGUGCCGCAGUUCCUCAAGGCCGCCGACUAUGACGAGCGAUCCGUCUGCACUGCAUAUGAGCUGGUGGGCGCCAGCGGCAUGUUUAGCGGUUCUGGGGCGCGCGGUGGUGUCACAAGCGUCACUGCCCCAAUGUACGGCGCUUCCAUGGCAAGUCGGAGCCUGGUGGGCGGCAGCGGGUACAAGGCCGGAAACUCCCGGGCUGGCGGCGCUCCCAGUGCUUCCACUGGUGCCUCGGCAGCCAGUGCCGCUAACCCUGCACUGGGAGCUCUGGGCAGCUUCGCCGCUGGCAGCGCCCGCCAUUCGCCUAGCUCCAGCCUGGGCUGGAGCUGGAGCAAGGACAACAGCUCAGGCCGUAUGGCGUCUCUGCGGCGCGCAGCUUUGUUGGCGGCGAACCGUGGUAGCAGCCUGGCCGCCUCACGUGCACUGGAGGCAACCGCGGCGGCCCUCGAGGAGGAGGUUGAAGAGGAUGACGACAGCAGUGAUGGCAGUAGCAGCAAUGGUGAAGCCCUGCGCCACAGUGCCGCUGGCGUUGCUACAGCCGGUUCCGAAAGGGUGCCGGCCAAGCAGCAGCCCUCCAUGUGCCGCAGCAAGACGGGCGCGAGGGACGCGGAUGCCGCGCCGGCAGGUAACCCUAACCUCCUGCUGGACACGGCGUCGACGGACGACGGGCCCUGGCCCGACGGCUGCUGCACCGCGCACGUGCCUGCGGGCAAGAAGCGUGAGGAGCGCUACGAGGCCGACCGCAGCUGCUCGGCCCUGCGCAACUGGUGCUACUGGGUCACGUCCGACUGGCGGCUGGACGCGGCGUCCAUGGUGGUCAUUGCGUUGAACGCCAUCAUCAUGGCGCUGCAGUGGUACGAGAUGCCGUACGCGCUGGACCGCUUCAACGACAUCUCCAACUACGCAUUCACCAUCUACUUUAUCAUUGAGAUGGUGAUCAAGCUCAUGGGCCUGGGUGUACUGUACUUCACAGAUGGCAUGAACAUAAUGGACAUGAUCGUGAACGCUGCCACCACCGCCGAGAUGAUCAUCGAGCUCAUCCCCACCGUGGACAACAAGCUAGCUAACACGCUGUCCAUCCUGCGAGUGUUCCGCCUGCUGCGCCUGUUCCGCCUGUCCCGCCAGUGGAAGAGCCUCUACGCCAUUACCUCAACUCUGCUGGCGUCUGUGAAGCAGACCUUCUACCUGACCAUGCUACUGCUGCUGUUUAUGUUCAUUUUUAGUCUGCUCGGCAUGCAGCUGUUCGGCUACACCAUGGCGGUGUGCGACUCGGUGGAAGGCAGCACCGCUAGCUGUCCUUCCAAUGACCUCGCCACCUGCCCCGCACACUUUGACUGCUACUUGCCCUGCAACUGGCAAAACGCCAACUUGGUCAUUCCUGCGGACGGCAGCCCUUACAAUAACGUGGCAACGUGCGAGGUGUUCCCGCGGCAGUACGCACCCGACGUGGCGGCGCCCUUCAACCAGUCGGUGGCACGUGCUGUGGCGGCGCUGUUGGAGCCGGCCACCAAUGGCGCCGAGCUGCACGGCAAUAUGAGCAGCCCCGAGCUGGGUGGAGGCAAUGACACGCUUGCGGCGCUUGCGGGUGCCUACCUUGACGCGGUCAAUAGCGGGUAUCCACCCCUUGAUGUGGACUCCUUCCCUCAGUCCCAGCCCACAACUCCGUACGUGGCGACCGUCAAUUUGACGGCCAUCUUCACCAACGCAUCAUGGCCUUACAACACGACUCUCUUCCCCAACCUGUCCGCGGCCAACUUGACCGACGUUGACGUGGCUUUGGGCGCGGACCUCUACGGCCUGGGCUCGGUCCUGUUUGGUUCGUACAACUACACGUCGCUGACCUACAUGGCGCAGGUGGGCAAGCCAAGCCUGAUCCGCGCCAACUUCGACAACAUCUUCCAGGGCUUCAUCACCGUGUUCCAGGUGCUGACGUUUGAUAACUGGGCGGACUCGCUGCACGCCGCCAUGCACGCCACCACGCCCUGGGCCGCCUGCUUCUACGUGGCGCUCAUCCUCAUCGGCAAUUUUAUGGUGCUCAACCUGUUCUUGGCCAUUUUGCUGGACAACUUUGGCGACAUCGAUGAAAUUGUGGAGGCGGCCGAGGAGGAGGAGCGCAGCAAGGCCGCAGCCAAGGCCGAGGCAGCGGCCGCUGAUGCGUUGGGCAAGGUAGCAGAUCUGGGCAAGGUGGCGGCUGCAGCCACGGUCGGCAAGGUGGCGGUCACUGGGAAGGAGGCGCUUGGUAGCCUGUGGAGCCGGCUGCGUGCGAUGGCGGGCUGCGCGCCCCCCGUCAAAGAAGGCGAGGACAAGGGCCACGGCAGGGAGGGCACUCACAGCCAUGGUGUGGACAGCGGUGGUGAGGGUGGGAUCAGCGCUUACGACGGCGUGAGCGGCUACAGUGAGAAUGGCGGCGGCUUCAGGCACCGCCACUCCACAGGGGCUGGCGGUGGCCUGGUCAACAACCCCGUCUACCACAACACUACGCCCGUGCGCCAGUCCAACUCUGGGCUCAACGGCACGGACGGCAGUGUGGUGGUGCCGCUGGGCGACCCACUGGCCGGCGUCAUGGCACUGGGCGGCGCCUCCUUCUACGUGCCACUCAGCCGGCCCGCGCCCCUAGAGCACCAGCGCCUGCUCACCGCGGACGCCAUUGCGAUUGGCCAGGAGCAGGAACGGGCCGCGCAAGCGGCCGUGUUGGCGCAGCUGGCGGCGCGGUUGAACGCCACAGAGGCAGCAAUGGUGUUGGACGACACGACCAGCCCAGCCCCCCUAUCGCGACUGAUUGGCGCCUUCCCCGCAGCCGCCCAUGUAGUGGACGCCGGCAAGCAGCAGCACGUGCAGGGAGACAGGCAUGCCGUUCUCGCCCAUGUGCAUUCUACCACACCCACAAACGGGGCUGGCCUGGUCGACCUGCCUGCGACAGCUGCUGGCGCCGCGCCCGGCGCUGUGCCCAUGCUGUACAUGCUGCGUGAGGACGGGCGCUACAUGUUCGCCACACGCGACUUCAAGACGGCGCAGGAAGGCGCACGCUACCCGGCUGGUCUGCCGCCGGCCGUGGCGCAGGAUGCAAUGCUGCAGAUGGGCAGCGGGCUACCGGCCAAGGCCGAGAAGAUGCGUAACCACCUGGAGGAGCUCAAGCGCCGCGGCCAGCCGGAGCGCGAGGGCAAGGGCGUGCUGCCGCCGGAGCUAGGCGGGGGCCGCCACCGCGGCUUUGUGCGGCCCAAGCGGCGCACGGACAUGCUGUUGACGGGCGGCGCGCUGUACCCAGUGGUGGCCAAGCCCGAUGUGGCCAUGGGCGACAUGCUGGUGGGCCGCAGCCUGUUCAUGUUCCCGCCGCGCAACCGCAUCCGCCGCUUCUUCGCCCGGAUCGUGACAGCCAAAUGGUUUGACACGCUGAUGCUGUUCAUCAUCACGCUGUCCUCCAUCCAGCUGUGCCUGGACACGCCGCAGCUGGACCCCGCCUCCAAGCUCAAGCAGGCGCUGGUCAUCCUGGACUACAUCUUCACCAUCGCGUUCGGCGUGGAGGCAAUCAUGAAGAUUGUGGUGACGGGCUUCAUGUUCAACGGCGCUGGCUCGUACGUGCGCUCGCCCUGGAACGUGAUGGACCUGCUGGUGGUGAUUGCGGGUGUGGUGGUGCUCAUCACAGACAGCCUCAGCAAGGGCGUCAACAUCAUGUGGCUGAGGGCCAUCCGGACACUGCGGGCGCUGCGCCCGCUGCGUGCGGCCAACAGGCUAGGCGGCAUCCGCACGGUGGUGAGCGCCAUGCUCAAGGCCAUCCCCGCCCUGGGCAAUGUGUUCAUGGUGGCGAUGCUCAUCUACUUCAUCUUCGCCAUCCUGGCAAUUAACAUUGUCGGAGGGAAGUUCUGGAGCUGCCGCAGCAUGGACGAUGUGGACACUCCUCUGGACCCAGACUACUACCUGCCCCGCAACACCACCAUGACCCGUGACUGGUGCGACUCCACCAGCGGCGGCGACAUCCUCAUCAACACCAGCGCCUACCACUCCAUGUGGAACCUGGCCAGCCCCCCGGCCUACAACAUCACCACCACCUGGAGCAACCCCAGCACCAAUUUUGACAACCUGGCUGUGGCGCUGUACACGCUAUUCCAGGUGGCCACACUGGAGUCCUGGUCCGACGUCAUGUACACGGGCGCCGACAUCACGCAGGUCUACCAGCAGCCCAUAACCAACAACUCGCCCGCCGUGUGCCUGUUCUUUGUGAUUUUUGUCAUCGUUGGGGGCUUCUUUUUGCUGAACCUGGUUAUUGGUGUGUCCAUCGACAAAUUCAAUCAGAUGCGGCGCGAGAACAACGGCGGCAACCCGCACAUGAGCGAUGAGCAGGAGGCAUGGGUCUCCACCCAGAAGAUGCUCACCAACCUGCGCGCGCUCAGGCGCCACGUGCCACCCGAGAAUAGGUUCCGGGCCUUCUUUUAUCACCUGACCCAGAACCAGAUCUUUGAGGACGUGAUCAUGGUCAUCGUGGUCAUCUCCAUCGGCUUCAUGCUGCUGGUGCACGCCGACAUGGCGCCCACGUUCUCCUACAUUGUGUCCUACUCCAACCUGGCCUUUACCAUCGUGUUCCUGAUAGAGAUGCUGCUCAAGUGGAUCGCGCUGGACGUGCACGGCUACUUCAAGAGCGGCUGGAAUUGCUUCGAUUUCACGGUGGUGUGUGCCGGUAUCGGCGGUGUGAUUGUGGACUUUGCGACGGACACUGUGUUCACCUUCUUCCCCAUCAUCCGCGCACUACGUGUGCUGAGGCUGUUCCGCCUCAUCCCGCGCUUCAAGGGGCUGCGCACGCUGCUGACCACGCUAUGGUGGUCGCUGCCCGCCCUGAUCAAUGUCGGAUCCGUGCUGUUCCUUCUCAUCUUUGUCUACGCCAUCAUUGGCAUGAACCUGUUUGGAAUGAUUCGCGAGGACAACGCCGGUGAACUGGGUCCGUACGUGAGCUUCCGCACCUUCCCGCUGGCAUUCCUGACGCUUUUCAGGCUUAUGACUGGAGAGAACUGGAACGGCGUGAUGGCAGACUGCAUGCAGCUUGAUAAGUGUGUGCGGAUCGACCAGACCUACAACACUACCAAUGCCGAUGGCGACCCUGUUGUUCUAAACCCGGGCGACUUCUACGACUUUGAUGACCCGGUGCUUGAGGGCGUGCCGCAGGACUACAAGACCAACCAGUGCAGCCCGCACCCACUGGUGGCCAUCAUCUACUUCUUCUCCUACAUCCUCAUCAUCACAUUCAUGCUGCUGCAGAUGAUCAUCGGUAUCAUCAUUGACAACAUUCAGAACACGGCCUUUCAGGAGAAGCUGCCCGUGGGCCCCUCCACACUGCACACCUUUACAGAGGUGUGGGAGGACCUGGACCCGCACGGCUCCGGCUUCAUCCCCGCCUCCGCGCUCACCUCGCUGCUGCUGCGCUUGCCCAAGCCGCUUGGCGUCAAGAAGCUGGACAGCCAGAUGCUGCGAGUGCAAGAGAUCGUGCUGUCCACCAAUAUCCCCAUCCGCAGCCGCUGCGUGCAGUUCUACGAGGUGCUUCACGCACUGUCUGGCCGCGUGGCUGGCACAGACGUGCCCGCCGACCAGGAGGACCCACUGCACGACCAGCUCGUGCCCCACAUCCCGCCUGACUUUGACGGAGCGCCCACCCACAACGCCGCUCAGUACUACUCGGCCAUGUACAUGACCACGGCUGUGCGGCGCCUGCUGCUGCAAACCUGGACGGAGCGCAAGCUACAUGAGCUGCGCGAAAUUAGGAACCGGCUGAAGACCAUCAAGAGCGCCGCUCAUGCUGCCGGGGAGUCUGGCGGCCUGAAUGAGGAGCGGUUUGAGCUGCAGCGGGAGGCGCAAGAGAUCGCCGAGGAGGUGCGUGAACGGAUGCGUGAUGCGGCCGAGACUCUGGGCGGCGAGGCGGGCAAGUCCAAGCGCCGCACGCGAUUGGGCGGCGUGGUCAAGAACUUUGUCAAGAGCAAGAUGAUCAAAAGCAAGGGCAAAAGCAAGCAUGAGAACGACAAUAAGACCGUGGCCGAGGAACUGGGAGUGCCACUGCAGCAGCACACCGUGGAGCGGAACGGCUCGGCGCGGCGGGAUGGCAAGAGCUUUGCGGCUGCAGCUGCGGCCACAAUGGCUGCAGCCAAGCUGAGCAACCGGAAGGAGCCGCUGGCCAGUGCAGCAGCCACUGGCGCCUCAGCGGCCUCGGCGGUGCGCCGUGCCAUGCCCGCCCGCAUGGCCAUGGCGGCCCUGGGCUCACUCAUGCCCGCUGGCCGCAACUCAGCUGGUGGUGGCGCUGACGCACACGACACCAGCCACAGCAACUCGGGCGCCAUGACUGACCGGCGGCCGGAGCCGUCAGUGGGCGGCAGCUCGACGGCAGAGGGCGGCGCAGGGGCCAGCGCGGCGGCGGACCACGUUGUCUUGGAGAUGACGGCACGGCCCCAGCAGCCGCAGUAGGCAUGAUGCAGCCUGGUUAGGAGCUAGGCAUGGCAGCCGACGCAGCUUGAUAGCUACUUGCGGCACAGCUUUAGGCAAGGCUUUUCCGGGACCUGCACGCCUUGCAAUAGGACCAAGGCGUGCAGGUCCGUCCACCUGCACGCCUUGCAAUAGGACCAGGACCAAAUGAGAUUACUUUUCUUGAUAAAUUCCUUUUAUUGAUGUGGAAGGACGAUAUUGAGCCGCGAGGCAAAAAUUGUAUGUCCCAACUGUUACUAAUGAUUUGGGUAGGAACCCUGGGAACCGUACUCAUGCGACACGGCGUGGCACUGCAAAGGUGCGGAUGAUCUGCGUGAACUGAUUCGUGUUGUCCUGGCUGGCGCAGCGACAGCGGGCAGUUAGCUUGAUGCAGCGUAAGCUCCAGCACCUGUCACGACCCUGCGUCGUGCACGUGGUCAGUGGUCAGAGCUUGCCUUAGCAAAUUUUGCAGUAAAGAGGUUGGAUGUUUUAGUUUUUUGAGCUGAGCCCCCCAGCGAUCCAGGGGGGGCCAAGCCAGCCAGGAUUGCCCCUGUCCGUGCCUGCCUGCCUGCCUGCCUGCCUGGAGAUGUCCGGGAGACGAGCCCACUUUUCCCUUGCAAGGGAGAGCCACCUUUUCUUGUUCAGUACAGAGGUACAGUUGACCAGGGGCGGUUUGCGGAGUCUUGUGCUGAGGGUGCAGCGGUCGGGUGCUCAUAUUACUGCGUGACGUGUGUGGCGUUCACAGAUAGCCGAAUGCUAUAGUGUAGACCACCUACAGUGUUAUAGUGCUACGUGCAAAUGUGAAGUGCAAGGAUAUGCCGCGGUGUCUACGGUAUAUGCGCAGAGUCAAGCCGUGUGCAGCCGUGUGCAGGCAACUGGGAAUCAAGGUCGUGACUGGUGAGACUGGAUCCGAAUGCCUCCGAAGGUGCCAUCGGAGUGCUUCCCACAGACAAAAAACAAUCACCGUACUGCGCCUA